AUGUUAAGGUUACUUAAACGUGGUAUCUGCUUAAAAAAAUAUAAUGAGUACAAUAGAUUUGAAAAAAUUACACAUGAAAAAGUUUUAAAACACGGGACACGAUGUGUCGCCACACAAAGUUCGAAGUCGGCUAGCUUGUUUCCAGAAAGGGCCGAUUUCCCUGAUCGCCACAUAGGACCGAGAGAUCAGGAUAUCGUAACUAUGUUAGAUCUAUUGGGUUAUAAGAGUUUAGAACAAUUAACUAAUGAUGCUGUUCCUAAACAAAUUAAAUUCAAUGGACUAAUGGAUAUUAGCGACCCCAUUAGUGAAUAUGAUCUUAUCAAAAGGGUGAGUAAAAUAGCAGAAAAGAAUCAGAUUUGGCGGUCGUACAUUGGCAUGGGUUAUCAUAAUUGCUGUGUCCCUCACUCUAUUAUGAGAAAUAUGUUUGAAAAUCCUGGAUGGACCACACAAUAUACUCCUUAUCAACCGGAAGUCGCACAAGGUCGGUUAGAAGGUUUAUUGAAUUACCAAACGAUGGUGAGUGAUUUAACGGGUUUGGAUGUAGCAAAUGCAUCUCUAUUAGAUGAGGGGACAGCCGCCGCGGAAGCUCUAUCAUUAUGCCACAGGCACAACAAACGGAUGAAAUUUGUAGUACCAGAACAACUACAUCCGCAAACCUUGUCAGUAGUUAAUACGCGUUUGGACGCUCUUGGAUUGGAAGUUAAUGUGGUUUCGGAUGUAGGGCAAGUAGACUUUGCGCAGAGGGACAUAUCGGCAGUUCUACUACAGUGUCCAGAUACCAAAGGAUUAGUUUAUGAUUAUUCUGGAUUAGCCGCGGCCGCCCAAGAACAUGGGACAUUAGUAGUAGUUGCUACAGAUCUUCUUGCACUAGCAUUACUUCGUCCACCAGCGGAAUGCGGCGCAGCGUUGGCUGUGGGAACUUCACAGAGGCUCGGCGUUCCAUUAGGCUAUGGAGGUCCUCACGCUGGAUUCUUUGCUGCUCAGAAUCCUUUGGUAAGGCUAAUGCCAGGCCGUAUGGUUGGAGUCACUAGAGAUGCAGCUGGACGAGAUGCUUACAGGUUAGCGUUACAAACGAGAGAACAACACAUACGUCGCGAUAAAGCAACAUCAAAUAUUUGCACGGCACAGGCUCUUUUAGCAAACAUGUCUGCAAUGUAUGCAGUAUACCAUGGACCACAGGGCCUGAGAGAUAUAGCCACUAGAGUCCAUAAUGCAACACUUGUACUUGAUCAUGGAAUAAGAAAACGUGGCCACAAACAAUCUAAUGACGUUUAUUUCGAUACUCUACACAUCGUACCGGUCUCGGAGCAUGAUGCUUCUGCAAUAAAGGCGCGUGCACAUGAAAAGAAGAUCAAUUUAAGAUAUUUUGACGAUGGUGCAAUCGGAGUGGCGUUGGAUGAAACAACAACUAUGCAGGAUGUUGAAGAUUUGCUAUGGAUUUUUGACUGCGAUAAGGUUAACGAGGUAUUGGAGAGCGGCGACGUUAGAUCACGUAGUAUUUUAAAAGGGCCUUUUCAUCGAACAUCUUCGUAUUUAACGCAUCCCGUUUUUAACAUGCACCAUUCUGAAACCAGUAUAGUGCGAUACAUGAAACGAUUAGAAAACAAGGACGUUUCACUUGUCCAUUCCAUGAUACCGUUGGGUUCCUGUACAAUGAAACUAAACUCAACAACAGAGAUGAUGCCAUGCUCAUUUAAGCACUUUACUGACAUCCACCCAUUCGCGCCACUAGACCAAUGUCAAGGUUACCACACCUUGUUUGAAGAGCUUGCAAGGGACCUUUGUGCUAUCACUGGCUAUGAUCGUGUUUCUUUUCAACCUAAUAGCGGGGCUCAAGGUGAGUACGCUGGACUUAGGACAAUUAAACGGUACCACGAGUUCAGAGGCGAUUCUCGCAGGAACAUUUGCUUGAUCCCCGUGAGCGCCCACGGCACUAACCCGGCCUCCGCGCACAUGGCCGGCAUGCGCGUCUGUGCCAUUAGAGUCACCCCCUCUGGCGAUAUAGACAUGGAACACCUUAAGGAUAAGGUUGAAGAGCACAGUGAGAAUAUUUCGUGCCUCAUGUUAACGUAUCCAAGUACGUUCGGAGUGUUCGAAGAGCGCGCGGCGGAUGUGUGCGCGCUGGUGCACGCCCACGGCGGACAGGUCUACUUGGAUGGAGCCAAUAUGAACGCUCAGGUUGGUCUGUGUCGUCCUGGAGAUUACGGCAGCGAUGUAUCACACUUGAAUUUGCAUAAAACCUUCUGUAUACCUCAUGGUGGAGGUGGCCCCGGAAUGGGACCAAUUGGAGUUAAAGCCCACUUAGCACCGUUCCUACCGUCACAUCCCGUUAUCAACCCUCUUGCCGAUCUCGGUGAUGAGGCGCAUAGCUUUGGCUCUGUUAGUGCCGCGCCUUUCGGAUCUUCUGCCAUUUUGCCAAUCUCCUGGGCUUAUAUAAAAAUGAUGGGACCAAAAGGCUUGAAACGAGCGACGCAAGUGGCAAUUCUAAAUGCUAAUUAUAUGUCUCGGAGGUUAGAUGGCUACUACAAAACUUUGUACAAAGGCGAGAGAGGACUGGUUGCACAUGAAUUUAUUAUAGACGUGAGAGACCUCAAGAAAACAGCCAAUAUAGAACCCGGUGAUAUAGCUAAGCGUUUGAUGGACUUUGGUUUCCAUGCACCUACGAUGUCCUGGCCUGUGGCCGGUACACUUAUGAUUGAGCCUACAGAGUCUGAAGACCUGCAAGAACUUGAUCGAUUUUGUGAAGCGCUGAUUGCUAUAAGAAAAGAAAUUAAGGAAAUCGAAGACGGUGUUAUGGAUAAAAGACUUAAUCCUUUGAAGAUGGCGCCACAUCCGCAAGCCGAAGUUAUAAGUGAAGAUUGGAAUCGUCCGUAUACUAGAGAGCAAGCAGCAUUCCCAGCGCCGUUCGUCAAAGGAGAGACCAAGAUCUGGCCAACAGUGAGUCGCAUCGAUGAUAUGUACGGAGACAAGCACCUAGUCUGCACUUGCCCACCCGUGCUUGACGACUUU